GCGGUGGUGACAAUGUGGACGAGGGAAAAGCAGAAGCCAUUCUCUACCCGAGUACACCCCUGAAACAGGGUGAAGAGUUUCAAGGAAAAGGAGGAGGAGAGAGGAGGAGGAGGAGGAGGAGGAGGAGAGGAGGAGAGGAGGAGGAGGAGGAGGAGGAGGAGGAGGAGGAGGAGGAGGAGGAGGAGGUGGAGAGAGGGGGCUUUCUUGAUGAAGCAUAUUAAGAAGAAUAGAGCAGCAUGCUAAUG